AUGGGACAUACAAAUGUUGUUUAUAUAGAUGACAGCCUUCUGCAGGGAGACACCUGUGAGGACUGUCUUACAAAUGUAAAUGACACACUGACAUUGGUUGAAGAUUUAGGUUUCACAGCUCAUACAGAAAAAUCAGUUGUUAUCCCCACGCAGUGCAUAACAUUUGUGGAAUUCUUAUUAGAUUCGGUAUCUAUGACUAUUCGACUCACGCCUGAAAAAUGCAGGGAUAUUCUUGAGCACUGUAAGAAACUAUUAGGGCAGAAAUAUGUGUCAAUCAGGGAGUUAGCUACAAUUAUUGGCAAAUUAGUGGCAAGUGAACCAGGGGUUUUGUAUGCACCAUUGUAUUACAAAAAAUUGGAAAUAGAAAGAGAUCAAGCUUUAAGUAAAUACAAAGGUGAUUUUGAGGCAAAUAUUACCCUGCCCGCGGAAAGUAUGAAUUGCUUAACUUGGUGGAUAAACAAUAUCCAUACGUCCUAUAAUCCAAUUCAAACAUCAGAUCCAGAUGUCAUAAUCGAGUCGGAUAGUUCACAAUUCGGUUUGGGCGGUUUUGACAAGACAAACAAUAUAAAAGUCUAUGGGCAUUGGUCGGAUUCAGAUAAACUUAGACACAUCAGUUACCUUGAAUUAAAAGCUGCAUUUUAUGUCCUCCAAUUUUUGUGUGAAAAUUUACAUGAUGUACAUGUUCAAUUAUAUUUAGAUAAUACUGUUGCCAUAAAAUAUUUAUCAAAGAUGGGGGGACGUGUCCCGGAACUAAAUGAUUUGACAUGUAAAAUUUGGUCGUGGUGUGUAAACAAAAGUAUAUGGUUGAGUGUUUAUCAUAUCCCUGGGAAAGAUAAUAUAACAGCGGAUAAACUAUCUAGGAGUCUUAGUGAUGACAUGGAAUGGGCGUUGCGAGAUGAAGUGUUUCUCGACAUCUGUCAAAAAUUGAAUGUUACAUGUGAUAUUGACAUGAUUGCGUCAAAUCUUACCAAAAAGCUUCCAAUGUUUGUCUCCUACAUACCUGAAAAAAGUGCUUAUGCUAUAAAUGUUUUUUCGUUGUCAUGGAACAAAUAUUCAUGUAUAUAUAUGUUUCCUCCAUUUAGUUUGCUGGCAGCAGUCUUACAGAAACUGGAUCGGGAAAAGGCAAAUGCAGUGCUUAUUGCACCAAUAUUCCCAACACAGGUGUGGUUUCCAAGGCUACUCAACAUAGUGUUGGAAGUAGUAUAG